ACAAAGACUCUCAUCGUCUAGGAAUUAUGCUGUAUCGUUUCAGCAUCAGCGUGCUUAUCUGAAAUAUUAUCUCCAGAUAAUUGUUUGUUUUUUAAAUUGAAACCAUUCGUUAAGGCUAAUCUGAAAUAAAAACCGCCAAAGAGACAAAGGAUAAUUUGAAAGAAUGACGUCUUGUUCGCAUCUCCUGCUUCUAUCGCUACUUUUUUGCUUCAGUGGACGGAUUGCAGCCCAGAUAAAAUACUCGAUACCUGAGGAAGUUAAAGUGGGAACUGUUGUAGGAAAUGUUGCCAAGGACUUGGGUCUGGAUGUCAGCACGUUGAUGAACAGGCGAUUUCGGCUUGUGUCCGGAGCCCAGGACGCUCUUUUCGAGGUAAACACGAACAAUGGGGUUUUGCACGUUCAAAAGAAUCUCGAUCGAGAAAAAAUGUGCGAUGGAAGCGGAGCCUGUUUAAUAGAUCUGAAAUUUGUUCUUGAGAAUCCGCUCGAAAUCCACUAUGUCACAGUGGAAAUUACGGACACUAACGACCAUGUACCGAGUUUUAUCGAGAAAGAAAAGAUAAUCGAAAUAGCGGAAACCACACUACCAGGAGCACGAUUUCAGCUACCAGGCGCGCGUGAUCCAGAUCUUGGAAUAAAUUCGGUUCAGCGCUACAAACUCAAUCAAAACGAUAAUUUUAAUCUUGAGAUUCGAGAUAGAGGAGAGGAUAAAAUCCCUUUUUUAGUGCUGCAGAGGACGCUGGACAGAGAACACAAAUCAAACCACAGCUUGGUUUUAACCGCUAUAGACGGAGGGACACCGGCGCAUUCAGCUCAUCUGAACAUUACAAUUAAGGUUCUUGAUAUUAAUGAUAACAGACCCGCAUUUUCCAAAGAGGUUUACUCUGCGAUAUUAGAAGAGAACGCUCCGCUAGGCACGACUGUAAUAAAGGUCCACGCAACUGAUCUUGACGAGGGCAUAAAUGGAGAGGUGGAGUACGCUUUUGGAGGCGACAUCAAUUCCGCUGUGUUAAGACUGUUUAGUUUGGACAGAAAUGUGGGUGAAAUUCGCGUCAACGGACAAAUUGAUUAUGAGACCACUGAUGUUUUCAAGUUAGACAUCCAAGCUUCAGAUAAAGGCCAGCCACCGAUGACAACUGACUGUAGGGUCAUAAUAAAAAUCCAAGAUGUCAAUGACAAUAAACCAGAGAUCGAGGUGACGUCGUUAUCAACUAUGGUCCCAGAGGAUUCAAAGCAGGGGACGGUGAUUUCUCUUAUUAGCGUUACAGACAUUGAUGCAGGGCUGAAUGGGAAAGUCAUAUGCAGUCUAACAGGAAACUUGCCAUUUGAAUUAAAGCCGUCGUUUAAAGAAAACAUGUAUUCAUUGGUGAUAAAGGGAGCACUAGAUAGAGAAACUGUGUCCCAUUAUGACAUCACAAUAACAGCUACAGACUGUGGUGAUCCGUCUCUGUCCACUUUAAAGUCUCUAAGUAUCGAAAUAGCAGAUGUGAAUGAUAAUGUCCCGAUGUUUUCAAACACCCCUCUGCAGCUUUAUUUGACAGAAAACAAUGUUCCAGGCGCAUCAAUAUUCUCUGUUAGUGCAUUUGAUGAAGACUUAAACGACAACGCUGCGGUGUCCUAUCGUAUAAUUAGAGGAGAGGGUGGUCAUAAUGAUAUGGCCACUUUUCUUAAUAUUAACUUAGAAAAUGGACAGAUAUCAGCACUGAAAAGUUUUGACUUUGAGACUCUGAAGACGUUCCAGUUCCAAGUCGUGGCCUCAGACUCUGGAACUCCGUCACUGAGCAGCAACGUCACAGUGAACGUGUUCAUCCUGGAUCAGAACGACAACGCUCCAGUCAUCCUGUAUCCAGUCAGCUCCAACGGUUCUGCUGAAGGUGUGGAGGAGAUUCCCCGCAAUGUGAACGCAGGACACUUGGUGACUAAAGUCAGAGCCUAUGACGCUGAUAUAGGAUAUAACGGCUGGUUACUGUUCUCACUGCAGCAGGUCACUGACCACAGUCUCUUUGGCUUGGACCGCUACACAGGACAGAUCAGAACACUGCGCUCAUUCACAGAGACAGACGAGGCUGAGCAUAAACUGCUCAUACUGGUCAAAGACAAUGGCAACGUCUCACUCUCAGCAACAGCUACUGUGCUGGUGAAACUGGUGGAGCCCAAAGAGGCUUUUGCAGCUUCUGAUGUCAAAAGUUCAGCAAAACACGAUGAGGAGAAUAAUGUGACUUUCUACCUGAUGAUAACUUUGGGCUCAGUUUCAGCACUGUUCCUCAUCAGCAUCAUUGUGCUGAUUGCAAUGCAGUGCUCAAAGUCCACAGACUAUACUUCUAAAUAUCUGCAGGAGCCUAAUUAUGACGGGACACUGUGUCACAGCAUCCAGUACAGAUCUGGAGACAAGCGCUACAUGUUAGUUGGACCCAGGAUGAGUGUAGGAUCUACUAUAGUCCCAGGAAGCCACGCAAACACGCUGGUGCUUCCUGACAGGAGGAAAACGUCUGAAGAGGUAAGAAUGUUUUGACAGUAGUUUUUUGUA